AAAACAGUCAACAAUAAAUUUGUCUAUUAGGAAAAUAUUAAAUAUGCAUGCUGUCAUACUCUCAUCAGUCUCUAUGUAAACUCGGAGCAUCUGCAAAGGGAGUGUAUCUGCCAUCCCUUCCCCCAUCAUCAUCAUCGUCACUGCCGGUCCAGUGAACACAAGGCUCGGUGCAUCAUCUCACCGACAUGGCAAAUGAAUUAAGAGAAAACAGAGAGGGAAGCUCGCGCCAUGCAAACCUCACAUCAUCUCUAGACCUGAGCUCGUCCCUGGAUCACAGCGUCCAGACGCGAAUCUUUAAAAUCAUUGUCAUCGGCGACUCAAAUGUGGGCAAGACCUGUUUAACCUUCCGCUUCACCGGCGGAUCUUUUCCCUGUAAAACCGAAGCCACCAUCGGCGUGGACUUCAGAGAAAAAGCCGUGGAGAUCGAGGGAGAGAAAAUAAAGGUGCAAGUAUGGGACACAGCGGGACAGGAGCGAUUUCGGAAGAGCAUGGUUGAGCACUACUAUCGCAACGUGCAUGCAGUAGUCUUUGUGUACGAUGUCACAAAAAUAGCCUCUUUCCAGAACCUAAAGACCUGGAUCCAGGAGUGUAACGGGCAUGGGGUCUCUUCCGCUGUACCUCGUGUUCUGGUGGGCAAUAAAUGUGAUCUAAUUGACCAGAUCCAGGUGCCGUCCAACACUGCCCUUAAGUUUGCAGAUGCCCAUAACAUGCUGCUCUUCGAAACGUCAGCCAAAGAUCCAAAGGAGAGUCAGAACGUGGACUCAAUUUUCAUGUGCCUGGCGUGUCGUCUGAAAGCACAGAAGUCGUUGAUCUACAGAGAUGUAGAGAGAGAAGAUGGCAGAGUAAGGCUGAGCCAUCAACCUGACCCUAAAAGCAACUGCCUGUGCUGAGGACCGUAAACUGUGAGAUUAUUAACACUGAUGAAAGAAUGUGCCUGCAACUAAAGACAUUUUACUUUAUGACAGCUGCUCUGUGACCUUUCUCUGUAUGUGUCUAUAAUUUUACCUGUUUUUCUCUAUUACACCAUCACUAACAGAAACAGCGCCAUAAGGGUAAAUCUCAUGACAGCUGUCAAGAACUUAAGUUCAAGUCAUAUUGCUCUUUAAACAUCCAAAGGAAGAAGUAAGACAUUAUAUUUUACUUAAAAACCCGAAGACAUUUUUGACCAUCAAGGUUUUUUGCAUAAUAAUAUUAUUUUCAUGACAACUAAGCACUCAUUCGCAUUACUGUGGUGUAAAGAAAUGUGUUAUUUUAAUAAACUAUUCAUUAUUCUGUCUUUAUGCUGAUUAAAAGA